CGAUCAAGUGUAAGCUGUGUGCGAAAAAGUUCCGCACGCGCGUGAAGCUGAUCGAGCACAAGGAGAUGCACCAGAAUCCGGACCGAUUUCGGUGCACCGUCUGCCAGGAGGUGCACCAGAACUUGGAGGAACACAUGCAGAACAAGCACCAGGAUUGGGAGUUUUGCUGCGAAGAGUGCGGCAAGCGGUUCCCGUUCAAAAGUCGGCUAACCGCGCACAUGGGCAAGGUCCACCAGAAGAAGGACAUUAUUUGCGAGGAGUGCAACAAGCCGUUCACCAAAUUCAGCAUCGAAAAGCACAAGCGGACCGUGCACGGUUCGUACACAACUUUUACGUGCGAAAACUGUCCGAAAACAUUCAAAACGCGUGUCUCGCUCGAUCGCCACAUGGAGGCACACAACAACGGUGGGGAGCAGCAGGGUUCGGCAGCCACGGUCAGCUGCACCCUGUGCAACUCGGUGCUGAAGGAUGAGUAUAACCUGAAGACGCACAUGAAGCGAAUCCACGCCGAACAGACGCCCUCCACGUGCAAAACGUGCGGCAAAACCUUUAAAUCCAAACAUAGUCUUAAUACGCACAUUUCGAACGUCUGCACGACGCGCCAGUUCCCGUGCACGGUCUGCGGCAAGCAGUUCAAGAAGCGAACAAAACUAAAGCAGCACAUGACGACGGCUCACGCCCUAGAUGAGGAGCUUCUUAGCUUUUACAAACGCUUGGUGUGCGAAGUUUGUGAUCCAAUAAAGAUGGCCAGCGGAGAGCCAUUGAUCGAGUACGUUAACUUAACGGAAUUAAAUCUCCAUAUGCGAAAAGCUCACGGCCAAGCUGAGGCGUCCGUACCGUGUCCGAUAUGUGAGAAAAAGGUUAGAUCACGCGUAAGACUGGUGCAACACAAAGAAAUGCAUCUAAAUCCGGAUCGGUUCCGGUGCGAGGUGUGUGCCGAAGUGCACCAGAAUAUAAAGGAACACAUGCAAAACAAGCACAAGGAGCGCACGUUCCGCUGUGAGGAAUGCGGCAAACGCUUCCCUUUUCAACCUCGAUUGAAUGCACAUAUUCGUAAAAUGCACACCGCAAAGGACGUGCCAUGCGAUCAGUGUGAUAAGGUUACCUGCAACUUGUGCGGCAUCGUGGUACGAAAUAAGUACAACUUGACGACGCACAUGAAACGAAUGCACAUGGAGCACGCGCCAGUGAGCUGCGGGUCGUGCGGAAAAGAAUUCAAAUCAAAGCGCAACCUGGAUGCGCACCUUACGAACGUUUGUACCGAUCGCAGCUUUCCGUGCACGAUCUGUGGAAAGCCGUUCAAGAAGAAGAUUAAACUCAAGGAACACAUGACGACACACACGAAAAGCCCGCUUUACCAGUGUCCGUACUGUCCCAAAACGUUCAGCUUCGAAACUCAACUGUACACGCACCGCAAGCAGGCUCAUUAUGAGCAGUGGUUGGAAAUGCAACGGAAGCGCAAAGAAGGUGUGAGAUUCCGUGUCAACCGGUCAGGAGAUGUGCCAGAGGACACCAAUGAAACGGACGAUGGAGAGGAAAUCGAAACCGUGAACGAGUCGGGUAACGAAGAACUUCAACCGAUUGACAACGAUGACAGUGACGACGGUUACGAGCGGGAACUAGCGAAUGAAGAGCCGGAUUUGGACGAACACAUAAGGCACAAACAUCUGACGCAUCGGUUCAAGUGUGGCGAGUGCGAUAGAUGGUACUCUUCGAACGCUCGGUUGCUGAUGCACACGAAACUAAGCCAUGCACCCAAGGACAUUACUUGCACCGUGUGCAACAAACAGUUCAGCAAGUACUGUAUUAAACAGCACAUACGCUCGUUUCACAGCAACCCUGAACACCAGGAGCAACAUUUGGCGCAAACUGGUUCCGCCAAAACGGUCUCAUGCAGCGUGUGCAAGCAAAGUGUUCGAUCCAACUACAUUACCCGCCACAUGCGGCAGAUGCACUCGAACGUUCCGCCGGUCAUGUGCGACAUUGCCAUGGGGACUGGAACGAAGUGCGAAAUUUGCUUAUCGUUAUCGGAGCAAGAGUACUUGAGCAUCUUUGCGGAGGAACAUGCCACCAAAAGUAUAGCACCGAUCGUUGCGAAACAUCUGUGGUUUAAGAUUAACCCGACGGACGUACCACAGUUUAUUUGUGGCAAGUGCUGGCUAGCUUUGGAAGAAUUCAACACGUUCUACCAUGGCAUUGAACGGGUGCAGGCGACGGCAUUCGAAUGCCUCACCACCACCGCCGCCGCCGCCAUAACCAAAGCACCGGAAGACCUUGUCGAGCCCGUUGAACCCGGCUAUGGUACGGAGUUUUUCGAGGUGAAGGUAGAACCGGCUGACCUCGGUGAGGUGCAGGAUGGGACGGACAAUUCGGGCGAUCAACCAUUGCACAGUGUCUUUGUCAAGUGCGAGGAUUCAGAAGAGCCAGAUCCAACCACACCGCAGUCGGACGCCGAAGUGCCCCAAACCAAUCCAACGCCCCGGUCCACGGUCGAUUCACGGCUUACCGAGGAGGAUGAUACGCGAUCGACCUGGACGAGAAGGAGGGGCAAGAAACCGACGGCGCAGUGUGCGUCCGAUGACGGAUUGAAGAGCCGCAAAGCUGCUGGCCAGCAGCAGGAGGACGCAGAGUUGUUGCACUUUUACAAGCGCAUCGUUUGCGAGGUCUGCGACAACCAGCGGAUGAUGAUCGGUGAACCACAAAUAGAUUACGGUACGUGGCGGGGUCUUCUCAAACACACCAAGACGGUGCACCGGCACGAUAAGAUCUACGUCCAGUGUCCGCUGUGCGAGCUAAAGUUACGCACCAAGCUGACGCUGAUCCAGCACAAGGAUAUGCACGAAAAUCCGGAAAAGUAUCGCUGUGAACUGUGCGCCGGAAUCUACCAGAACAUGAAGGAACACAUGCAAAACAAACACCAGGAGCGUCAGUUCUGUUGCGACGUGUGUGGCAAAAAGUUCCCCUUCAAGAAACGGCUCACGGUGCACAUCAAGAAGAUGCACGUGGAAAAGGACAUUAUUUGUGAUCAGUGCCAGAAACCAUUUACUAAGUACACGAUUGAGGACCACCGGAAGUCGGUGCACACGGCACGGUUCGUGUGUGAGCACUGUCCAAAAACGUUCAACAGUCGCUUUCGGUUGCGCCAACACAGGGAAGAGCAUGAUGAAAGCUUGCGAAACUCCACCGCGGUACCGUGCGCCGUGUGUGGCCAGGUGAUGCGCGAUAAGUACAUCCUUAGCCGGCACGUUAAACUGAUGCACACGGUGCAACCGACCGUGACUUGUGGGACGUGUGGGAAAACGUUCAAGUGCAAGCGCAACCUGUCGGUGCACAUGGCCAACGUGUGCCUGGAGCCGACGCGCCUCUACCCGUGCACCAUCUGUGGUAAACAGUUUCGGCGCAAAAAUAAGCUCAAAGAACAUAUGUCCACGCACACGGGUAAACCGCUCUACAUGUGCUCCUUCUGCCCGGAAACGUUCCGCCAGGACACGCAUCUGUACUAUCACCGAAAAAAUGCGCACCACGAGCAGUGGCUGGAGAUGCAAAAGCAGCGCAAAGAAGGUGUGCGGUUCAAGCUGACGGAAUUGGCGUAAAUCGCCGUUGGUCCGGUUGCUCCGGAUGGAAUAAUUUUAAAUUUACUUAGUGCACGUUACACACGCGUUUAUGCUACCAUAUAGUCAGCAGUUUUAAAUAAGCUUUCGAUCCUUCGUUGCGCCCCUUAAGU